AUUAUUCGAUCAGGUCGGUACCUACGAUGCGAGUAGCAGGCCUUCAUUGCACAGCACGUAAAGCGAUUGCAAGUACAACGUUACGUUUCUUCAUAAAAAUGUCUGAAAACGUUAUCGCUCCCUAUUCAAAGUUGAUUCGUACUCCACCACUUGUUCGCCAAAGGUGUAUUCCGUAUUCAUCACAUCUCGGGAUGUACCCUAUGAGGCGCCAAGCACAGAGAGCCAGCUUUCUUCAAAGGUUCUCUCUCCUAAAUGCGCUUAAGCACUAUUCGCAGAGCUUAUUUCUCUGAUACGCUAAAAUAAUCAAAUUCGCAUUUAUCCACGUAAUGACCGCUAAUAGGCAACAAAUGCACAAAACACGUCUUCCCAUCAAAAAUCCACAGUUUUUAUUUUUUUGCCAACCUGCACCCAUGGCAGAAUACGAAUCAAAGCUCCUUGAACUUUUUUCGAACGGUAACGACAACCACAUAGACACGGUGUACCUGCGCGAUCUGUUCUACUUCCUUGGAUACGGUGUAAACGCCGAACAGCUGAGUUUUAUCCUCGAUCGGAACAAAUUCAGGAAGACGAGCGUAACAUUCAGUGAGGUGAACAGGAUGGUUGAGGGGAUGGACGAGAUACAGGCCGAGGACAUUUUCAAAGCAUUCGCGUAUUACAGCAGGAACGAUGAGUGCGAAGUCAAUAUCAAAGAUCUUAAGGAGGUGUUGGAGAAGGGAAGGAACGGUUUUACCGAGGAUGAGAUUGAGGAGAUCGUACGGCAUGUUGAAUGUGACUAUGAAGGCAAGUUUAACUACGAAAUGUUUGUUGGUAAGAAACUGCUUGGUGAGUAAAGCUGUGUUUUAGCGU